AUGGAGACGUCCCGGAGUUUUUUAGGAGAAUGUCAUUUCCAAACUCAGUGUGCAGCGAAGGAUGCUUUUUCAAUUAACGCACUGAGGAGAUUGGACACAGAUGGAUUGUGUUAAUACGCUCCGCGAUGAACUAAUGGGAGUGUUGACUACCAACUGAGAAGACGCAGAAGUUGUCUUAAUUCUCUGCUUUGGAGACAGUUCGGACACUUAAGCGACUAAAACAAUCAGAAAGGACGGAACGCAGAAAUCAAUUAGAAAACCAUGCACUGUUCAUAUCCAUGGAGAGAUGGCAUGCGUGCUCCUCUUCAGUCGACUUCAUCCCUUCUCACACCGGCUCACAAGAACAUCCAUUUGCUUAUUAUCGCUUAUUCUCUCUUAUCUGUGCUACUGUGCACUGUUCCCUGCCGAUACCAUCAUGCACAAGUCAGGUGAUCCGACACCCAGCUGUCAGCGCGUCCUGGCCGAUGGAGCCAAAAGGCGCAUUCAAAAAACACCUUCAUGCGUUUUGCCUUUGGAUGCGAGACCGAUCAACGUCGAGAUUUCUCGGCUGAAAUCCGACCAAAGACCUCCGUCAAUUCUCCACAUCGACACCCCCAGUCCUCCCAUGGGUAACUUAAAGUUUGGGAAUAAAAAGUUACCAAACGCUAUUAUUGUUGGUGUGAAAAAGGGAGGCACCAGAGCUGUCCUGGAGUUCAUAAGGAUUCAUCCAGACGUACGAGCAGCUGGCACCGAGACACACUUCUUCGACCGGAACUAUGACAGAGGUCUGGAGUGGUACAGAGGGUUAAUGCCAAGGACUCUUGAAAGCCAAAUCACAAUGGAGAAGACACCGAGCUACUUUGUGACAAAGGAGACGCCGCACCGGAUCUCCGCCAUGUCCCGGGACACCAAGCUCAUCGUGGUGGUGCGGGACCCCGUCACCCGUGCAAUAUCAGACUACACUCAGACCUUGACCAAAUCUCCCGACCUGCCGAGCUUCCAGGACCUGGCCUUCAGGAACCAGAGCCUGGGCAUUGUGGACACGUCGUGGAACGCCAUUCGCAUCGGCCUGUACGCUCUGCACCUCGAAAACUGGCUCCGCUACUUCCCUCUGGCUCAGAUCCACUUUGUGAGUGGGGAGCGUCUUAUCACAGACCCUGCAGGGGAGUUGGCACGAGUGCAAGACUUCCUUGGGUUAAAGCGCAUUGUCACAGACAAACACUUCUACUUCAACCGCACCAAGGGCUUCCCCUGCCUGAAGAAGCCGGAGAGCAGCGGCUCGCCUCGCUGCCUGGGCAAGUCCAAGGGCAGGACUCAUGUGCAGAUAGACAGAGAUGCUAUUGAGCAGCUGCGGGACUUCUAUAGACCUUACAACAUUAAGUUUUAUGAAAUGGUGGGUCAUGACUUCAAGUGGGAGUAGAGGUUGGAGUGAUAUUUUUAAAUGGAAGGAGAAAGAUUUAUGUAUUUCACAAAUUCAAAAAUAGGAUGCCUGCAUUGAUAUUACAUGGCUAAGGCGGAUAGAGAAAUAUCAGCACUCUCCUGAAAUGUUAAGAGUGAAACUGAAAAGCAGUACUAUUUUUUGAAGUGAGACGUAAUAAAUAUAGGAAUAUCUACGACGACAUUGCUUUUGCACUUGUAAUGAUCAGUUACCAGCCAGCGCCAACAUCCUGUUUGUUGCCAAAUAUAGCCCUCAUUUCAGCUUCAGGAUCACACCAUUUAUUUUCCUGCAUUAUUGCUGACUAGAUCCCCCAUUUGCUGACUGGUUUAUAAAAAAAGGACAUUCCAGGGAAUGGGAUUAGUUCUUCUUAAAACCUGCUUCACUAAUCAAGGCAGGGCUUGAAAGCAAGACCUUGGAAAAUGUCAGCAAAGUCCUCAGGGGGAGGAGAAAUAAGCUGCAGCACUGUGGUGGUAAAUCUGAAAUGUAAAGCCAUAACGCAAGUGGGAGUCAUCUAAUAUCACUUACUGUUGGUCUCAUCAGUUUCUAUACAGAGGGGAAGGGUUUCUGUCUCCUUAUUUCCAGCAUGAAUCCUGUAAGUUAGUACAUGCAGCGCUUCACUUUGUUCUCUGUGCUUUAUUUGCCAAAUCCAUGUUUAUAUUUUUGUUACCAAAGUAUUUAAUCACAUGCCUUAGCCACAAUGCUUGUCCAUGAACUUAAUUAAAAGAAACAGAAGCACAAAUAUAUUUUUGGACAUUUAUUUCUGUCUCCUCUGAACCAUGUAUCUUAAUGUUGUUCAAUGCCUGAGUGCAAAGCUAAGAAAAACUUCUGAUUCUGUGCAGUACCUUCCUGUUCUUGUUAGUGAAAUGUGUGCUUUUGAACAGAUAACACCACUUACAUCCUUCCCCCAUGGUGGGACUGAAAACAUACUUCUGUAAGGUUUUGUUGUGAGCUUCAGUCGUGGUAUGCGGACGAGUGGGCGUUGGUGUAAGGAAUUUAAAUCCCUUUUCAGAGACAAAGCAGGGUACACCUAGCUGUGGCAGGUUAUCAAAUGCAUUCUGGGACUGCAUAUCACAUGAUUGCGCUUGAAAUGUUGGGUUUGGCUGCACGGUAUGAAUACUAAAGCCUGAGUUGAAGCCUGACUCUGAAACAAUAUUAAAACAAAGAGGAAAUUACCUUAUGAAACAUAAACUGGGUUCAAAGAGAUUAUCUUAUUAUCAUCAGUCACUCAAUUUCCACAUCACACAUGAUGAUGUUACAGGUAAAGCUUUUGAUCACACUUUAAAUGUAUACUUGAAACUAAAUGGAAAUUAUUGAGUUUACAAGGUAUCAAUACCUAUAUUUAAGUAGGGAAACCAUGGGGAAUAGGUGUGCUCAAAGAGAAAUGAGAAAUAAUUGACACUAUUUAUGUCUUUAUUCAUUUAUUUAGUGAGUACGGGAAUGUGACAAGGCUUGAGAAAGGACUAUUUAUAGAUAGAUUAUAUAUAUAUUUUUUAAACUAGCAAUCUGAAAACGUGUUUCUCAAAUAUGGAUUAUUUAUGUCAGUAUGAUCUUGGAAUAAGGAUAAGAUACACGGGGUACAGUGUUACCGUCAGUAAUAAUAUUGUGGCAAACUCUUCAUAAAUACAUUUGAUUUACCUGAAUAAGGAAUAUGACUCGAGGUACAAGGGAAACCAUGGGGAAUAGGUGUGCUCAAAGAGAAAUGAGAAAUAAGUGACACUGAGUGACACUAUUUAUUUGAAAUAAGUGACACUAUUUUAUUCAUUUAUUUAGUGAGUACGGGAAUGUGACAAGGCAUGAGAAAGGACUAUUUAUAGAUAGAUUAUAUAUAUAUUCUUUAAACUAGCAAUAGGAAAAACGGGUUUCUCAAAUAUGGAUUAUUUAUGUCAGUAUGAUCUUGGAAUAAUGAUAAGAUACACGGGGUACAGUGUUACCGUCAGUAAUAAUAUUGUGGCAAACUCUUCAUAAAUACGUGUGAUAUGUGAAUGUGAUGUACCUG